ACCGAGCUUCACUACUUCUCCACGUCAAAACACUUGCGUCGCUGGUUUGCAUUAAUUUUCAUAGCUGGUUUCUACUGGGAAACAUGCAUAUUCUUCAUGGCAGCCGAUAACUCCUAUAUCGACGGAAUAAUUGAACAAACUCUUCAAAAAUCCUAUGGUUUUAAUUUAAGUAAUGUGACAUACGUGGCAGCAGUUUAUGAAAUUGAGGAAAAUGGAGUUUCGGAUUGGAAUCUAAAGGGAAUUUAUAUGGGAAUAUCAUUUUUUACAAUUAUUAUUUCAACUAUGAUAACGUGUUAUGUUUGUAUGUGGAAGAUUGGGGAAAAGGUGCAGUUGUUUAGGCAUUCGAUGAUUUAUAAUGAAGUGCAACAGGAAUUAUUCAAGGCACAGUGUAUUCAGGU